AGAACUGCAUUUGAAGCUGGGAGAGCAGCAGAAGCUUCAAAUCCAUUUGUUUAAACUUUUAUUGUGAAGAUAGAGAAGUUAUUAUCCAAGAUCAAGACAAACUGAGGAAUACUAAACAAACAGCAGAGACAGUGAAGAGAGGGUAAGCACUACUACCAAUACUCAAAAUAACAGUUUAAAUGCUGCAUUCCACCGUGAUGGAUGUGCAGUUUAAACCUAGAACUUACUAAUUUGGAAAAUGUAAAGUAAUAUUUCAAAUUAAUUUGUUUGCUCCCAGGUUUUUACCAAAACACCGCUAUGGCUUCAAUCUUAUUUGCGACUCUCUUAUUCUUGUCGAAGCUCAGGAGUUGCCAGCUUCAGUGUGUUAAAGGUUUGAUUGUACUUUAAUCGAUUGUAAUUUUAAAAAAUAUACUGAAUUGAAUUUUAUGCACAAUAAUAACUUGGUUUCCUUUUUGGCAGAAACUCUAGAUGACAGCGAGUUUUCUAUCUUCGUGACCACACAUAUUCAAGUGGUGUCUGGUGACUGUAUCAUGAUCCCUUAUGAAUACACCUUUCCAAAAUCCAAAGUCAAGGUCCCGCACAAAAAGAUUUGGUUCAGAGGGGAUUCACAGACGACAGUUUCUGUGACAGUUGUCACAAAUGGAGAAGAGACAAAAGAUCUUUUCAAAAUGGAUGGUCUACCAUGUGGGGAGUACGAGUUUGGCUUCAAAUUGGAAUGGGAGUGUAAUCAGACAUAUGUUUUUCCAACGAGGGUUCGGGUCACGGUUUCUGGUGAGUAUUUAUGGUUGCAUGCUGUUGUAGGAUUUUAAAAAUAUCUUUGAAAACCAAAAUAGAUAUCUUGUGACUCUGAAGUACUUUGCCCCUAUAAUUGAUGAUUGAUACAAGAUGAUCUUCAACCUUGAUUCUGUUUAUUUCAGCCUUAACCCAGAAACCAGCUGUGUUGGUUCCUCCCUUAAAGGAAGGAAAAACCUCGAGACUGAUAUGUUAUGCUCUUCCUUUGUGUUCUGCCAGAGCAAAAAUUCGCUGGAAGUCAACAAAGACUUCUAAAAACACUUCCCUAAUGUAUAGCACUGUUCAUAUGUGGCAAGAUGAACAAGAUUUAUACCUAACACCAUCAGCGUACGACCACAACACUGCCACCAUCACCUGUGUGGUAGAGUAUGAGAACAACAUUGUUGCUGAGAGGACCAUCACGUUGAAUGUGCAAUGUGAGUUUGCAGCAAGGUUUGUUUUACACUGCAUUUGAAUAGGCGGACGUGGGUAUUUUGGUGCCCUCAAAGAAAAAGGAAAAUAUCUUAUCAUGGAGAGAUGUACAUUUCACCCUAUUGCAACAACUGUAAAUGCUAUUUUCCAGCAUUUUUAAACAUUAUGGCACACUAACUUAUAACUCUGUGACAAGGAAAUACUAUAUGUUGCUAAGAUGUACUGGAGAUGAGAAUGGCCAUGGAUUCUCCUUUUUUUUUAAUGCACCGUUAACACGUGAUUUUUGGGGGGAAUUACGAAUUAAUUAAUAAUGUGUUUGCCAUAGUUACCGUUGUUGUCCGAUUUGCGCAGGGAAGUUAAAUGCAUAGGUAUCAACACUAGAUACCUCAAGACCCAUGUAAGAAAACAGCAGCACAUACAUCAAGACCGCCGUCAUCUCAGAGGGGUAUUGGUGACUGCUGGUAAGCGUGGUUUUAAAUAUAAGGUAAACCACAGGCUUCCAAAACUUUAAUCCAUAGGAAACCAAUAACAAGCACCGCUCCAAGAUAGCAGCGGUCUUGACGUAUCCUGGGCAGGGUCAUGAGGUAUCUAGCCACGUAUGAUAUCUACGGUUAAAUGUUCCCACUUUGAAAGUGUAAUCCGCAUGCCCAAAGUGAAGCGUGACGUCAGUGUUUCAUUGAAAACCCCCAGCUUGCUGUUUGCAACCAUGGCUGCAACAUUUCAGAAAUAUCUCAAUCCGUUUUUAAAAGUUAUAACUGUAGGUCAACCAUAGACUGUAUAUACUAUGGACAACUUGGUCCCGCCUUCCGCCAGUAUAGAUUUGAAGCCAAAAAGCUCUCUGUAAUUCCUUGUUUUUUCUCCAUUUCCUGAAACCAACAUUGCGCAGUAGCAUUGUACGCACUCCACCACUUGCGCAGUAGCAUUGUGUGCAUUCGGCGGGAGAGUCACCGAGUUCCGCUGUGAUGACGCUUGGCUCAAACAGCGUAUCCCCCAGGUACGCAAUCCUUAUACACCCAUAGGCUAAAUUUAUAAUUUUGUCCACAGCUCCAUUCAUUUAGCUGAUUUAUGACCUAUACUGCAGCCCGUCACCAGAGGGUGCUGUUCUCAGGGUGGCUUCACCCAGCAAGGAGGGAGACGGCGUCCAUUCUAUAUACAGUCUAUGAGGCCGACUAAAGCAACAUUUCUGUCAUCAUAAGAAAACAAUCCUUGUUAUGUUGUUUUAGUUGUUGUUUUAGUUGGAUAUUAGUUGUCACAAGAAAAUGAACUUUGUUUUAUCGAGAUAGAGAGAUAAUACGUUGUUAUCAAGAGAUAACAGUUCAUAAACAAUAAGUCCAUGGCCACUCUCGUCUUCUGUACUUUUGCAGUACCAACCAAACCUCUCUGUGUUUCUGUUCCCUAUUAUCUGUAGUUGAGCCUAGAUUCCUGAAUGGUUCCCAGUGUGUGGUGAAAGGAGAGCUCCUGGUCUGCUCCUGCAUCAGUUGGGGGAAUCCUCCAUCUCCCAUCACCUGGCCUGUGGCCUCUUUUACAGACUUCUCCAUUAAGAGCCACAGGAAGGCUGAAAUUGUGAACAGCACCCUCACUCUGAAUAGGUCUGACUUCCUCGACACGAGCAUCAACUGUGUCAGCAGCAGCAAACUGGGCCAGAAGCAGAUUCAGAUUCAGAUUCAGAACUACACAGAAAACAUGAAGACCUCCAAGAACUCAGUAAACUGUAAGUAGUCACUCAACCUGCUCAGUGCAUGUGGUAAAUACCUCUAAUGAAAGAAUGAGUUGUUGGCUCUGGAGGUUCUUUUAGUUGAUUUGUUUUAUAUCAAUUUCCACAGCUAAUAAGAAGCAGACACUCAAAGCCGGCUUUUCUUGGAUACUAGCUGUGUCUGUUUCUCUGAAUCUGGUCCUUCUUUCCAGCCUGAUUUUCUGCAUUUACAAAUGGUAAGAGGCCUUAUCAGAUAAAGAAACAUGUGUUGCAUUCAUGUUAGCUUAAGGAAAAUAACCGCUUAUCCAUCUCUGUCUGACUGUACAGGGGCAAGAGGUUACAAGAGACACAACUAGGAGAAAUGGAAACCUACACUGACCUAAACAGAGCUCAAGUUGAGCAAGAGUACAGCGUCAUUUUUCCACAGACGGGAUGAAAAAUGCCAACCGUUCUCUUGAGUUACUCUAAAUACUGCACACUCUUCUUUUAAAGCUCCCAUGAGAAGCUUUUCGUUUGUAUUAAAUAUGUCACUUCUACAAACAAUGCAGUUUUUCUCAUCUUGUCUGACAUGCUCGAAUGAUGAUUAAAAAAUCUCAUCCUACUGACUUUUGACAGUCAAAUGCAUCAUUUAUUGUGAAUAUUUGACAUGACACCUACCCCCUAAGGUAUUAAAAAAUGACAGUAUAGAAAUUAUAA